UGCCGUACAGUGUUGGCAUUAGGAGAAUGUUGUCAAAGUUGGAGGAAGGCCUCGGAGAGGGAAUACAUUGACAAUUGUUUGAAGUUACAGUUUGUAUAAAUAUUCUGAAGGUUGGUACUUCAGCAUGGGGAACACCAGUGAUCGCAUGUCUGGUGAUCGCCAUGGAGCAAAAGCCCAUCGCUCCGACAGUGCCGGCGACCAUAAAGAUCUGGAGCCCUGUAAGAUGGUAGACAGCACUGAUGACCCUAACAUCUUCAAUACGUCAAAGGGGCCUGGAGAUAAAGACUUCACCCCAGACUUAGAAGACAUGGUUAAGACUAGUCCUCAAGCCAGGCCUACAGUGAUCCGCUGGGGAGGAGGAGGAAAGGAGGUCUACAUUGCUGGCUCCUUCAAUAACUGGAGCACCAAAAUUCCUCUCAUUAAGAGCCACAAUGACUUUGUGGCCAUCCUGGAUUUGCCUGAGGGGGAGCACCAGUACAAGUUCUUCGUUGAUGGACAGUGGGUCCAUGACCCGUCAGAGCCUGUGGUCACCAGCCAGCUGGGCACCAUUAAUAACCUGAUUAAGGUGAAGAAGUCUGACUUUGAGGUGUUCGACGCUCUACAAGUGGACUCUCUGGAAUGUUCAGACACGUCAGAUCUGUCCAGCUCGCCUCCUGGUCCUUACGGACAGGAAGUGUACAUGUUCAGACCAGAGGAACGCUUCAAAGCCCCGCCCAUUCUUCCUCCUCACCUCUUACAAGUCAUCUUGAACAAGGACACAAACAUAUCUUGUGAUCCUGCCCUGCUGCCAGAGCCAAACCACGUCAUGCUGAAUCAUCUUUAUGCUCUUUCAAUUAAGGAUGGAGUUAUGGUCCUAAGUGCUACACACAGAUAUAAGAAGAAAUACGUAACUUCUUUGUUGUACAAGCCCAUUUAAAGUGAGUGCAUGUGUGUACCUGAAGGGGCUUCAUGUGAGCACGUUUGCAUUCUGUUGUUCUCACCGACGGCUGAUUGCACCAGGACACUCCAGAAUUCCAGGCUUCUGACAUCUGCUCUGUUAAGGAAAACGCACAAGAUGCAUUCUGAUGUGUUAAAUGUUUUCUGGACUUAAGGGCAUACUGCACCUAGUGACUGUAAUGACGGGUGAUUGGAUUGCAUGGUUUUGCAAUGUAAAAUAGCUUACAAGGGCUUCUGUCUGAUAGCUAAGCAAUAUAACUCUUCGAGGAGAAGGCCAUGGCCCAACUUGAGUGUUUGAACAUUGUUUGGGUGUCUCGACUGUUUAACAGUGGCUUGUAGGCCAAAAAAGUGUGGGAAAGCUUUAAGAUUAGUGUGUUCUAAUGCAUGGCGAUCAGCGUUUGAAGUUAUAAUGCAUUUAUUUCAGCCCAAAAGGAGAAUUUUUUUUUUUUUUAAAUUUGCAUACUGUACCUGGUAAAGUCCAUGUAACAUUGAGUGGAUUCAGACAGAUAAAGCUUUUUAUACAAAAUACUGAUCACUUGAUCAGUCCAUAAUAAUGAAUGCACUUUAAACACACUCAUUUUGGCAGUGAGAAGGGAUGUUUGCGUAAUAUUUGACCUAUGAAGUAGACAAAUUGUGUGCUGUUGUUUUGAUGGAGAGUGUAGUCUCUACCAUCUCAGAUAUCACAGUUGCAGAUGGUGUUUUCUUGCUGUUUGUAUUUUAUAUAUUUAUUGCAUUAUGUUGGCUUGAUUUGCUACAUAGAACUAUUUAUUGUGAAUGCAUGAAUAGCAUGAAAACUGUUUUUAUUAUUAUUAUUAUUAUUAUCUGGGUCAGAUAUACUCUCAGCACAUUUUUUGAAUAACUGGUUGAGAUGAUCUUCAAUCAGUCAGCACUCCAGUGAAAUUAGGUGGGUGGAGUACUUCUAUAGGUCAAAUACUGAAACUGCAUGUUAAACCCAGGUAAUGAGGCACAGGCUAUGUUGUCAUAAACUAGAGGGCUACUUCCUGAUGAGCACACUGAUAAAUCAAGCCAAGCACCAAACCAACAAUCACUUAUGAAUGAAUUGACUGUCCCUCUGACAUGGAGUUCUCUGGCAGGUUUUGCAACUCCUCUGUAAGUAGCCUUUCAAAUGUAAGUCAGCGCUAGUGCUAUUUGUGUGCUUUGCGUCUCAACCAAAAUGUCACUCUAUACAUGGCAAGCCCAUUGUAGUCAUUUACAGUUACAACUUCAAUUAGUUGUAUGUUGGGUUGUUUAAUUCACUAAUGAAACCCAAAUGGAUUUCUCAUUUUCAGUCUCAUAUUUAAACAGGUGCAUCACAUUCAUUUGUCUGCACUUAUGUACUUUAUGGUGCUUUAAAUGUGAUGGCUGCUGACAGAUUGUUAUGGCUAGGUGAUAACUGUUGGUUUCAUGACAUUUCAGUUAUCACUGGAUGGUGUUUUACCCCUCAAAUGUUACUGAACAAAAACAAAUGACUGCAUAUGGUUACUAUGAAAACUGACUAUGGGGCAAAAUAUGGAAGAACUUGAAUUUUGAAAAAAACGUAUUACUUUCAAUAAUGAUGUAGGUCUGUGAAGUCGUCACUGCCCUUACAAAAAAUUACUGCAGUUUUUUUCCAAGUCUCAAAACCUCAGAGGAAUUUUGAGGAAUUGCAGUUCAUGUACAGGAUUUUGAACAUGAAUAAAAUGCAUUACAACUACAUUUUGAUCGUAUUGAUCUUUACCACAGAAAUACAGUAUUAUUGUCAUAAAAGUGCAUUGUACUUCAGAAAACUGUAGUUUAACUGCAGAUCUUUUGCCCCAUAACUGUAGUCAUUUUUUGUAAGGGUGUCUCACUUGUUUUGAAAUUAAAGAAAACUGCCACCA